UGAAGGAGGACAAGGAGAAAGCUAAGCGACAGUUAAAGCCACCAGUAAAAGCGAGAGAGGAUGAAAAGAGCUCAUCUGGAAACAAAGAUAAAUCUGCAACAGAACGGAGCACCAAAGACAAAGAAGCCACUCAGGCUCAGAAGAAAAAAGGAGUUUGAGCACGAGGAGUACUACUUGAAGGACAACUUUGAAAGUGUUACUUCGGCUUUGGACCUCUUAAAGGACAACCGCUCAUUUUCAAACCUGAGAAGAGCUGCUCCGACCAGAGUGAAGAUGCGUCAGAGACUGAUAGUGGCAUCUUAAAGUUCUGGGGGGAAAUGUGCUAACUUCAGGCGGGAAACAAGCAAGACGGCCUCUUUUUGGCGCACACCACCUGGAUUGUCAGUGAGUCUGCGACUUAUUUUACAUGGUUUACUGGAUCAAACCAGAGGGCCAUGAAAACACUGCAGCUGUUUAGCUCAGUUGGCAGAGCAGGCAGCCCAGAAGCUUUGUCUUCGACCGGGGUUCAACUCACCGCCUGUGUCCCACUGUCUCAUAUGACUUCAUGACGAUGAUGUCACAGAAAGGGGCAGGGUACUUGUACAUAUUAUGUAUUUAGAAAUCUACGCUUACUUAUAAGAGGUGUUACAAUUACUCUAAAAAGCAUUGUAUGUUUCAUGGGUCUGAUUGUGAGACUGCAGUCUGCCCCAAAUUCACUACCAGCAGGUAGGUUUUCAUUACCACAAAUGUUAGUGCAUUUGCGCACUGACAAAAAAAAAAAAGUGUGGCUGAUUUGACCAAGCAAAGGGGAAUCACGGCUGGCGUUUAUCUUGUCAUUUAAGUUUUGUCAUUUUGCCUCAGGGUCUAACCUUACCUAACAGGUUUCAUCAGGCCUUGCUUAAAAUAAACAAAUAAACUCCUCCACCAGAGUCACCACAACUCUGUAUAAGUUACAUCUGGUCGGAUCAGUCUUGCUGCUCUCUACAGGAAAUAGAGGUGCUUAACGGGCUGCAGCACCCUCUGAAACAACUCUAUAAAAUAUGCCGAAUUUACAAGAACCCCCACAUAAUUAGGAAAUUAUCAGAAACAGUACUUAACAAUGUCUAUAAAGUUUCCCAUGAUUCAACAUCUCCGAAAAUUAAGCGAUUUUAUAAGGGAGUCUGGGGAAUUUCUCUCCCUCUACCUCUACUUUCUGACUGUAGUUGAUGCGGCUUUGCUGAUUUAUAACAUGUUAAUGUUCAAGUGUUCCGUGUGCUGUUGUGCAAGUCCUUCUCAAUUAGUUGUAAAUUAUGUGUUAAUAUUGAUUAGAUGCAUCUUAUCCUGGCAAUUCAAAUAAACACAGAAAGCAUGGGACUCGAGCUCCGUUUACCAUGAGAUCAUUAUGACCACGUACAGUAAUAAAUACACGUAUUCCUAGUAGUUAUCAGUUAUUGUUAGUUAGUUAGUUAUAAUUAUGUUCUGUAUCAUAAAUAAAAUGAUGAUCCAAAGUCCAAAGUAGGCCUGACAGACUUUGAGUUUGCCUCCUUCGCUCGAUUUGAUCCUAGUCGUCAUUUGAUUCGUCUGGUCUGGCUCGACGAUGCAAACAGGAAGAGAGGUUGUUGUCAACUGGAGCCUGGAGCUCGUUAACCAGGGGCAGAUACACAUCGCCAACAAAAAGGCGAGAGAAGCAACACAAGUAGAAAUGUCACGGUUGUUUUUGCCAAAUCGUUUUUGUGCCAAAUGUACCCAGCUGGCAACCCGCGAGUCUCCGCUGCUGACACCCCGGGGAGCCUUGGACAAGCGGAGUGUUUUUAAUCAGCAACAGAGACGACACGUCGGAGGGUCAAACACGGGCUUUUUUAAAUACAGGUCAAAGUCCAGGAUUUGGAUAUGUGGGGUCGGCGUGGGGAUCGCGUUAGCCGUCGGACUGAAAUACCACUCGGACGCAGCCAACAGCUCCUGUGAUGUCCAGGUAACAGAAGCGCUGAGGACCGAUCGAUACAGCCGUGCCAUCGCCGUUAGCAGGGACCUUGUGGAGCGGAUAAAGGUAGGCACAGAGGAUGAGGUCGGGGCUCCGGGGCUGGUGGUUGGAGUCUCUGUGGAUGGUGCUCAAGUCUGGUGUGAAGGGAUCGGUUAUGCUGAUUUGGAGAAUCGUGUGCCAUGCAGCCCAAACACAGUGUUGCGAAUCGCCAGCAUCAGUAAGCCCCUCACAUCCGCAGCUGCUGCACGACUGUGUGAGGAGGGGAAACUAGAUCUGGAUGUUCCAGUCCAGAAAUAUGUGCCAGAAUUUCCCCAGAAACAAUUUGAUGGACAGGAUGUCACAAUAACCCCUCGUAUGAUUCUGUCCCACCUGAGUGGUAUACGUCAUUAUGAGAAGGAUGCUAAGAAAGUGAAGGAGGACAAGGAGAAAGCUAAGCGACUGUUAAAGCCACCAGUGAAAGAGAGAGAGGAUGAAAAGAGCUCAUCUGGAAACAAAGAUAAACCUGCCACAGAGCAGAACACCAAAGACAAAGAAGCCACUCCGGCUCAGAAGAAAAAGGAGUUUGAGCACGAGGAGUACUACUUGAAGGACAACUUUGAAAGUGUCACUCGGGCUUUGGACCUCUUCAAGGAUGACCCGCUCAUUUUCAAACCUGGCACCACUUUUCUGUAUUCCACCCAUGCCUUCACUCUGCUUAGUGCUGCUGUGGAGCGAGCAGCUGGACAGCGCUUCCUGGAUGUCAUGACGAGCAUGUUCCGUGAGCUAGGAAUGCUCAAUACUGUGCCCGACGAGAACGACCCUAUAAUUUACCACCGCUCCAGAUUUUAUCAUCUCAACAAGAGAGGACGUGUUGUGAACUGUCCGUAUGUGGACAACUCCUACAAGUGGGCAGGCGGCGGCUUCCUUUCCACGGCAGGCGACCUGCUGCUUUUUGGUAAUGCUCUACUCUACAGCUACCAGGUGGCCCACCUGAAGGACACUGAGAGUUUGUUGCCGGGUUUCCUCAAACCCCAGACUGUCAUAGAUCUGUGGGCACCUGUUGACAGGACAGAGGCCAGCUGGGAUAAAGAUGGCCUGUAUGCCCAAGGCUGGCUGGUCGUGGAGAAACUACAGAAAUACGGUCAGUGCAGGAAGCGAAGACACUACGUGUCACACACAGGAGGCGCUGUGGGGGCUAGCAGCGUCCUCCUGGUGUUACCCAGUGAGGAGAUAGACCAGCGACAAGGACAGACCCCCGUCCUCCCACAGGGGGUGGUGGUCACCAUCAUCACUAACAUGCAGUCAGUGGGACUUAACGGCACAGCUCUGAAAAUUGCAUAUGAGUUUGACAAAGCCAGAAGCCUGUAAGAGUAAGUUUGUUCACAGAAAUGAGUUUACAUUUCAGGUAAUCUUGUGAUCUUAUAUACUUUUGAUACAUAUUUUAAGUCCAGAGGAUGUUUUAAACAGAAUAAAUAUUUUUCAUGUGUUUUUUACACCUAGUGAAGUUUUCAAAGUAAACACAACUCGCGCUUCAUUACAACUCUUGGCAGUGACACCAUUCUGCCACUAGGUGGAAGCAAAUUAAUACAUUUCUUACAAAAAGAAGUCUACUGGCUGAUGUCAUCAUCACUUUGUUGGAGUUAUACAGAGAAUACUCCAUUUCUACCUUUUUGAAAGGUAAAACAAGAUUUGAGUUGAUGUGUUUCUGCAUUUGAGAGAAAUAAAACAAAUUUUUCAUACUCAUGGAAA